AUGACUGGACGAGUUGCAUUUGUGACGGGUGCCAAUGGCAUUAGUGGAAACGCUAUUAUAGAGCAACUCAUCCGGACAACGAGGGAGGAGUGGUCCAAGAUCGUGAUCACGUCCAGAAGACCCCUAUUUUACUACUGGCAGGAUCCUCGCAUCGAAUUUAUUGCCGUGGAUUUCUUGGAACCUUUAGACAGCAUCAUCAAGCAGCUCAGCAUAGUCUGCGAAGACGUCACGCAUGCAUUCUUUGCGUCGUAUAUCCAUGUUGCCGACUUCAAGAGCCUGCGCGACGAGAAUGUGCCACUCUUCCAGAACUUCCUGCAAGCCAUAGAUAUCGUGGCGCCCAAGCUACAGCGCGUCUGUUUACAAACAGGUAACAAGCAUUAUGGAUGCCACCUGGGCCCCGUCCCUAUUCCGCUCAACGAAUCUCUUGGACGGCUGGACAAAUCCGGCACAAACUUCUACUAUGACCAAGAAGACGUUCUGUUUGAGCUCGCAGCGAGGCGACCAUGGUCCUACAAUAUUGUACGGCCCCACGCCAUCGUGGGCUACGCUCCUGGAGCCGCCAUCUACUUCCUGAUAUGCCGCGAACUGGGUGAGGAGCCCAAGUUCCCAGGAAACGAGUCGAUCUACAACGACCUCGAUGACAGCUCCUCCGCAACCAGCCUGGCGGAUCUGACGCUAUACGUUACGACAGAGGAACAAGCCAAGAACGAAGAUUUCAUACACACCAACGGCGAUGUUUACAUGUGGCGCUAUUUCUGGCCAUUUCUCGCUUCGCAUUUCGGCCUCAACGUUCCAAUCACACAAUUUAGCAAGGCCAAGGGCACCACCAAAACCUACGACAACGAAGUCUUGCUGGUGGAGUGGGCUAUAGACAAGAGGCCCGUCUGGGAGAAAAUAUGUGCCAAGUAUGGCGGCAAGCCCGAGGCUUUCGAUUGGGGAACAUGGCAGUUCUUUGAGUGGUCCUUGGGUAAAACCUGGCCCACGGUUGCAAGUAAUGCCAAAGCUCGCCGGUAUGGCUGGAAGCGCAUCGAUAACACGUAUGAUGCGUGGAUUGACACGUUCAAGACGCUCGCCAACGCUGGUGUCAUUCCAACCCAGGCAGCCCUGUGCGCUUCUGGUGGAGAGGAUGCUAGCCAAGCAAGACCGCCGCCAGCGGACGAGAGGAACUGCUUGACGAAGAAUGGGAAUACUGCCUAA